CUACCAAGAAUGACUUGACUUGCGCGUAUCGAGACUAUCGAGUAUUUUCCCCGGAGUUAAAGACCCCUACGGGUUUCCGUUGGCUUCCGACUGCUUCCGACUGCUUCCAAUUCCAACCACUUCCGACAAGCUCCAUCGAGCUCGUCGUUACUCGCCAUUCUGCAGAACGUGAGACCGAGUCUGCGCCAUGCCUCGUAGAGGCGUGUCCUCUAGCUCGCGCACGUUCGUAUUUAGUACAACAUAGAAGCAGCCUUUACCAGCCUUUACCAGCUUUUACUCGUCCACAGUCUUUUACGGCGGAAAGGCGGGUGCGCGUGUGAAAAUUCAUAUCUUGAGGAAGGGAGAAACGCAAAGAAAGGAAAGGAAGAAACAAGAGGGUAGCGGUAGCUAACUAGCUGCUGUGACCGAUCCAUCGCCGUCGCCGCCGCCGCCGUUGAUCUGGCAACGUUAAGGGAAGAGCGCAGUUUCCAGUAGAUAGAGAAUGUAACGAUUUCUGUGAGAUCUUCUCGUGAGGCAAGGAAGAGGAAGGAGAGGAGAGAAGAGAAGAGACGAGGCGAGCAGCCUGCAGCGAUCGGUGGCGAUUUUCUAAAUUUAGGGGGAGGGCCGCUUCGUCAUCGAAGAGGGAAGUUUAUGGCGUGAGGUGUUAUUGGUGCGCAAACAGACUCACCCGUUCUCUUCGCGGAAAAGAGCUGAAGCUCAUCGACAGUACAGGAUGAUUGGUGCUAUGCCAGCGGUGGCUGUUCGUCAUGAGCGUAGGAGGCAAGAAAAAAGGCUGAAGCGGCCAAGUCAACUCUAUUUAGGAGGGCAAUGGUUACCACCCCUUCAAGGCUCGCCGCCCACUCCUAGUCCGCAUGGGCACAACAAUUUGGAGCCCUUGCCUGAGCUUUAUUUAUGCGGCAAGAUAUCCGGGCUGCACGCUGUGGUGGUGUGUCUGUUGUUGGGUGCGGUGGUGCUCGUGGUCGGUCUCGUCCAACUCGUUCCGGGUGCAACGACCACCAACCACAGGUUGGCGUUACUGGUGGCAGGCGCUGCCCUACUUAUACUUGGCUUUAUCUUGGCGGGUGUGAGAUGUUACGUAUUACACUGCGUGCCACUUCCGGUUGAGUCACCGAUCGCGACGCCGAUUCCGCCAACAGGCGAACAAGCGCCCGUUGUACCUAAGGGCACCUUGGACCUCCUAGUAGGCCAUCAAAAUCAGCCGGAGACAGACGCUCUGAUGCAGCAUCGAGAACAUCACCACCACCAUCAACACCACAGCUAUCAUCAUCAUAACAACCACAAGAAGAAACGCAGUUCUCAGGGUUCACAUUCCGAAGAGGCCUAAAAUACAAACGAACGGGCGGAAGCAGAAAAGGCAGAAUGAAAUGGAGAGAAGGAAAAUGAUCGAGUUACGGGAUAUUGUUCGACGAUUUGUGCGAAACGGGAUAUUGUUCGAAUCCGGCGAAGAGAA